AUGAAUGGCUCGGUUCAUGCAGGUCUUGCUGCAGCUUUUAGAUCGCAUUUGCCAGAUUUGAGCAUCCCAAGGUUUACGACAGCAAAGCAACAGACCCCGUACGAGUACUCCGAAGCAUUUCAAAAGAACAAACAACCUCCUUGGAUAUAUAAUCUAACUCAAGCCUGGAAGGAGCUGUUGAAGGAGCCGUACACCGGGGUGACAAACGAUGGUGUUGUGCGAUCAGGACUAUUCCAAGACGAAGAUCUAGGCGUACCGGUUAAAGCCAUCGUAGAUGCCACCACCAAGACACUCCAAAUUCUCGAUCCCGAAGAGCGGAAGAAAGUUCAAUACCCAAUUAAUGCCCGUGAAUGGCGAUGUUGGUCGAAUCCAGAGUUCUUGCUUCGACCCUUUGGAUUGCGGCUAGAAGAGUUGCCCGAAGACACAGCCCAGUCGAUCCUUGGCAUAAUCGAAGCCACACUGUCUCCUGAAGGGUAUCAAAAGGCUCUUUCAGCUAUGCGCAUCAAUCAUUUCCUGGGAGAAUGCUGCGAAGUUCCAACGAUCAUGAACAAAUACUCGUACAACUUUCUUCUUUUCGGCGAACCUUCAACAUCACGAGCCUGGGGCUGGUCUCUGUAUGGACAUCAUUUGUGUUUGAGCAUAUUCAUCAAGGGAGGCAACAUUAUCGUCGCUCCCACUUUCACUGGAGCUGAACCGAAUUUGAUCGACUCCGGACCGUGGAAAGGAACACAGAUUCUCCACAAGGAAGGCAACUUGGGCUUGAAGUUGAUGCAGAGCCUUACCAAAGAGCAGCAGCAGUCAGCCCAGACUUAUAAAUUGAUGAGAGAUCCGCAAAUGCUUCAGACCGGGGAUCUCAAGAUCGAUCGUUGGAACCAGGAUGAUCAGAGACAUUUGUGUGGAGCCUUCAGAGAUAACAGAGUUGUCCCUUACGAAGGCGUGAAGGUAUCCUCAUUCACGCCCGACCAACAACAGCUCGUUCUGGACAUUGCAGAAGAAUUCCUGUUGUAUCAUCCUGCAUCGGUCAGGCAGCGGCGCAAAGAACAAAUCAGGGAGCACUUCCACGAGACCUACUUCAGCUGGAUUGGGGAUUACGGCGACGAGGAUCCAUUCUACUUUCGCGUCCAAAGUCCAGUCAUAAUCUUCGAGUUCGACCAUCAUUCGGGCGUAUUCCUUACCAACAAGGAGCCGAUGAAAUUCCACACACAUACAAUCGUUCGGAUGCCCAAUGCUGGCGAUUAUGGACAAGCUUUGAGAAAGCCGGAGGAAAAGGUACCGUAA